CCACCCUCCUACACGCCCGGCUCAAUCUCCGUCCGACUUCCCCAAUUCCACCCUCAUCACUCAGGGCCCAAUGAGUCCGGUGAACAGUCUCUGGUUUAAGUGGAAAAGUCUGCGCCUUCCGUGGCGAAGUUCCUUCCUCGUCGGUACCGACCUCUCCGGGAACACCUUCUGGGAAUUCAAAGACCAUCUGAACGCCGGUCGCUACCGGCGCAUCGUCAAAUGCGACCCCAAAACCCACUUUAGCGAUGUGCAAGUCAGUCCACAAUGGCACCAAUGGCUCCGAUACGUCCGCGCAGAAGCCCCCACUCUCGAAGAACAGCAACAGGACAUCAUCCGCCAGAUUCAGAUCAAGGAACUGGCGCGUCUAGCCGAUGCCCGCUGGGCGAGUAAACCGUCCUAUCUCGACAUGCCCAAUACACAAAGGCCCCUCCCGACGACGAAUACCAGUGGCGCUACGCUGAGCUCUCCGGAAACGCAGAACAAGGUGCCUGAGCAACAAGCCCCGAAGAAGGCAGCGCCACCGAAAGAAGAUCCUUGGGCGAAGGCCCGUGCGGGUGGUCCGAGUGAGAAUUGGCAGCCUCAGUCGUGGUCGCCCCCGUCUUCGAAGAAGUAAGGUGUUUGGUGAACUUCUAUGGUUCAUACGAUUGCCCUGGUCCGAAGAGAUUUGCUGUCAACUGCCAUUGAUGGCCUUGUGGCUUGUCACGGAACAGUAUCAGAUCUGGUAACAUGGUCGUGAUCCGGGGCGUCUCAUCAAACUGCCGUAUGUCCCUGAAAUACGGAACAGGUCUGAAUGAAGAGGCAGCAAGCUUCAAUGGCAAAAUCUGAUGGCGAGACCUGGCUCAACAGGACCCAACAGGCCACCUAGUCCGCUCAGAAAAUACCCCUGUAUAUUACCUACCCAUCUAUGGAUAGAUUUGUAUUCUCGAUGCAUGUAUGAUAUCUUCACUCCGCUACCACUCGGAAUCAAACUCGAAACAAGGUACAAAGCCAUGAUAUCUUGCAACUAAU